AUGUCUAAGAAAGAACCUGAAGAAAUAAAGAAAAAUGUUACAGUUGGUAACUAUAAUUUAGGUGUUGUUAUUGGUAAAGGUGGUUUUGGUACAGUAUAUCAAGGAUUAGAUAUUGAAGAUGGUGAUUUUGUAGCAAUUAAACAAAUUAAUCUUACAAAGAUUCCAAAAGAUCAAUUACAAGGUAUUAUGAAUGAAAUCGAUCUUUUAAAGAAUCUUAAUCAUGCAAACAUUGUAAAAUAUAUUAAAUACGUAAAGACAAAAGAUAAUCUUUAUAUUGUUUUAGAGUAUGUUGAAAAUGGUUCAUUAUCAGGUAUUAUUAAAAAGUUUGGUAAAUUUCCAGAAACAUUGGUUUGUGUUUAUAUUAGACAAGUUUUAGAAGGUUUAGUUUAUCUUCAUGAACAGGGUGUGGUACAUAGAGAUAUUAAAGGUGCAAAUAUUUUAACAACCAAAGAGGGUAAAAUUAAAUUAGCAGAUUUUGGUGUUGCAACUAAAUUUGAUGAUACAAGUGCAGCAGCAGUAGUUGGUACACCAUAUUGGAUGGCACCAGAGAUUAUAGAGUUAAAUGGUGCAACGACGAAAUCAGAUAUUUGGAGUGUUGGAUGUACAGUUAUAGAGUUAUUAACAGGAUCACCACCAUAUUAUGAUUUAGGACAAAUGCCAGCACUUUUUCGUAUUGUACAAGAUGAUUGUCCACCAUUACCUGAGGGUAUUUCACCACCAUUAAAGGAUUGGUUAAUGCAAUGUUUUCAAAAGGAUCCAAAUUUACGUAUUUCAGCACAAAAACUAUUAAAACAUAAAUGGAUUCAAGCAAGUAUAAAGAAAAAACCAGUUGAAAAUGGUGCAGGUGGUGUUGGAAAUGGUACAGAUUCAUUGGGUGCACCUGCAAACAUUGAUGAUAUAGCAAAGAAUAUUACAGAUUACAAUGAACGUAUUAAUAAAAAACCAUCACAUCAAAGAAAACCUUCAAUUCAUCCAAAAUCACCAAAAGGUAAAGUAUUUUUACCACCACCUGAAGAAGAAGAAGAUGAAUGGGGUGAUGAUUUUAGUAAUACUCCAAAAUCAAUUAAAUUACCUGAUAAAAAAUCACCAUUAAAAUUAACAAAUAAUAAACCUUCAACACCAUUAAAACAACAACCAACAAAUAAUACACCAGUACAACAACAACAACAACAACAACAACCACCACCACUUAAAUUAGCAGUACCAAAACAACCAGUUAUUGAAAAUGAUGAUGAUUGGGGUGAUGAUUUUAAUACAGUUUCAGAUUUAUCAAAAGCAGUUGGUUCAUUAAAUUUCAAUAAUAAUAAAAAGAAUGAAACACCAAAACCAAAUAUAAAGAAACCAACAUUUAGUGAGGAUGAAGAUGAAGAUGAUGAUGAUGAUGGAUUUGGUAGUGGUGGUGAUGAUGAAGAUGAUGAUUUUGGUGAUAUACCAACAUCAAUUAAAUUAAAUCCAAAAUUCGGAUCAAAUAUAAAAGGAAAUAGUAGUGGUAGUGCAAAUACAACAAAUUCAUCAUCAACUGUUGUACAACAACCAAAAUUAACAGUAUCUAAUAAUAACAAUAAUAAUAAUAAGAAAUUACCAUUAUCACCAAGACAACCAUCAUCAGGUAAUGUUAAAGAGGGUAUUAAUCAUGGUAGUACAGGUAGUAAGAGUGGUGGUGUAAUUAUUGAUCAAUGGGGAGAGGAUGGUGAAGAAGAUAAUGAUUGGGGAGAUGUUGCAACAGUUAAUUUUGAUCCAAAAGUAAUUAGAAAAGGUACAGUUAAUAAACCAGAUCUUUCAACUAGAUUAAAGAAUAGAAUUGCAUUAUCAGAGACAGCAUUAAGUAAUAGUUUUAAUAAUAAUGGUAAUGAUGAUGAGGAUGAAGAUAUUUUCGCCGAUGAUUUCGAUGAAGAUGAUGAUGAAGAUUUCGAUUUGGAUAAGAAUUUAAUGAAGGAUAACUAUGCAAGAAUGUCAUCAGAGAUUUUAAAACUUAUGAAUCUAUUAACACCAGAACAACCCGAAGAAGUGAUCUCUAGUGCAUGCACUCAAUUGAUUACAAUGUUCAAAGAGAACUCUGAACAAAAGACCCUAUUAAUUCGACGUCAUGGUGUUAUUCCAAUCAUGGAGAUGUUGGAGGUUUCAAAUAUUCAAUCACAUGUACUUUGCUCAAUUCUAAAGGUUGUCAAUCAAAUUAUCGAUAACAAUAUGGAGAUUCAAGAGAAUCUAUGUUUGGUUGGUGGUAUUCCAGCGAUUAUGAAAUUUUCAGGACCUGAAUAUCCAGCAUCUGUUCGUUUGGAGACCGCUUCAUUCAUUAGUAAAAUGUGUAGUACUUCAACAUUGACAUUGCAAAUGUUUAUUGCAUGUAAAGGUUUACCCAUUUUAGUGGACUUUUUAUUAUCACCAUACGCCGAGAGUAAACGUUUGGUUUGGAUGGCCGUCGAUGCCAUUGUAAAUGUUUUCGAAUUACAAUCACCAACACCAAAGAAUGAUUUUUGUCGUCUCUUUUCAAAAUGUGGACUUUUAAAAACACUUCCAAUCGUAUUAAGAGAUUCAAUUGCAGAUGGUGAAGCCGCUGCAACCUAUCCCGAUAGAAUCAUAAAUUUAUUCAUUAUGUUUUCUGCAGCAGAUUCCGUUGUUAGAAAGACAAUGUCUGCCGUUGAGGUUAUUCGUCCAAUUUUAGAUACACUCUCACAAUUGAUGCCAGAACAAUUGGCAAAAGUAUUGAAAAGUAUUAAACAAUUAUCCAUGGAUCAUAAUACAUUGGCCAAUCUACAAAAUGCAGGUGCCAUUCGUUUUAUGGUACCAUUUUUAGGUCGUCGUACUGGUGCAUUUGUUGCAGAGAUUCAUAAUCAUGUUUUGAAUACAAUGUUCCAUCUUUGUCGUAUCGAUCCAGAGAGACAAUAUCAAGCUGCUAUCGAUGGUAUCAUACCACAUCUUCAAUACUUUAUCACUAGUCAUUCACCAUUGAAUCAAUUUGCCUUACCAAUCAUUUGUGAUUUAGCUCAUUCAAAGAAAGCAAGAUCUGAACUUUGGAAAAAUAAUGGUGUCGCUUUCUAUUUAUCACUCUUGGAGGAACGUUAUUGGCAAGUGAAUGCUUUGGAUUCUUUGGCAGUUUGGAUCACUGAUGAAACUCACAAGGUUGAGAAUAUCAUUGCAACCAAUGAAAACAUAAAGAAAUUGAUUCAACUCUUUACCAAUGCUGAAUCUCAAUCUUUUGCUGGUAUCUUGGAGCCAUUAUUAAAGAUUAUUCAAAUUUCAAUACCUGUAAAUAUCCUCUUGGGAACUUCAAAUUUCAUCACUAAAAUCAUCGAUAAAUUGGGUCAUACUAAUCCUCAAGUACGUUUGAACCUCUUGAAAAUUAUUACCUCCCUCUAUGAAUGUCAUCCAAAUGCUAAAAAGAUGAUUCAAGAAUUUAAACUCAUUCCAAUCAUUCAAAAGAUUGCAGAUACCGAUAAAUCUGUUUUGGUUCAAAAAAUGGCAAGCAAAUUACUUGAAGCCUUUAAUGCUAAUACUGUAAUUUAA